AUGCCCGCCCACCUCACCAGACUAGUAAUCCGCAGGAUCCUAUCCAACGAACCCAUUGUCUACCGCGAUUGCCUCUACCGCCGCGCCAAUGCCUGCCUGCAACCACGCGCCCAGAGGAUACGCCGCAAUGGCUUCGCCCAGACGCGCUCAUUCUUCGGCAUGGCGCGCGAGCCUGAGCGCAAAGUCAAAGGCAUCGAUUUAGCCCCGGGACUGGACACGCUGAUCGAGCUCAACCGUGCUCAAACUGGCCAGUCACGUCCACCAGAUCUAGAAAUGCUUUGCAAAGCCUUGGACAAAUUGUUCAGGAAAAAAUAUUUUUCCUCGGAGACCAUGUCAGACGUCGAAGCCGGACAUGCGUUGAAUACUCUCCGUUAUUUAAACGAAAACCGCCCCAAGGAGGAGGAUGUCCUGAACAGGAAAGAUUCCCCUAGGAGCGACGCUCAUCUCGCUCUUACAGAGGAGGUAUUCAAGUUUCUGGAUGCUAUGAGGCCCGAUGGUUGUGAACCCGACAGCUACAACGGAAAGAUGAUUAGGUCUUUGGCAGAAACACUUGAGAUCAUGUCGCAUUACGAGCCUGUGCGAGCUCGCGACUUGUUGGUGGAAAAGUACAAAACAAAUCGCUGGACUAGCCAAAGCCAAAAGCUUCUUGCCCGUCCCUGGGCCUCGGUGUUGCAGGGGCUUUACCAGAAGGGGAACCAUGCUGAAGCACAGAAAACGCUCGAAAUGAUGCAGGAGCUCGAGAUUCCUACCAACAUCAUGAUGCAGGUCAAGGAGACAUUGCUCGGGGUUCACGCCGCGCUUGGAGACCUGGAGAACACGAAGAGGAUUUAUAAUGACUUGUCACAAGGCCCAUCACAAACUGUUGAAAUAGACUCUGGGUCCUGCAAAGCCGUGCUUCAGUGCUGCCUUCAACACGGCGACAGCAAGUGGGCCCAGUCGAUCGUGCGUUCAAUGCUCGAAACCCUCGAGGUGUAUUACCUCGAACCGGCCGACGAUCGCUUGGAUGAGGUGAAAAAGCUGUGGGACGUCUUGUUUUUUUGGGCUGCUGCUUCUGGCAAAGGGGUCGACGAAGUGGAUCGAAUGAUGAACGUCAUGGUUCGGAGGACUUUUGCUGACGGCAGGUCGGCGCAGCCCGACGUCGAGACCAUCAAUGAGCUGGUCUCGUGGUGCAUGUCCCGGAACCAGCUGUAUUUUGCGGAGAGAUACAUCUCUCUCGGCGCCAAGUGGGGGAUCCACCCGAACGCCCUCACUUACUACCUCCAGGUGAAAUACCGGCUUUCUGGCGGCGACAUUGAUGGCGCCCGCGCUGCUUAUAGGCAGCUCCAAGCUGUGGAAUGUUCCAAGGAGAAGGAAGAUAUCCGGGCAGCAAAUGAGCUCAUCCAGGCCAUGUGCGCAUCGCAGAAAUACACCUUCUCCAGCAUCAUGGCCUUGGCCGACGAUCUUACCGAGCGCAAAGGACGCUUCGAGCCCGAGACCGUCUCGGCGCUGAGCGUGCUGCACCUUCGCCGCAACGAGCUCCACGAUGUCAUCGACCUCCUCCAGACUCACGCCUUUCACUUCUCGGAAGCCGAGCGCCGCAAGAUCGCCGACUCGCUCGUGGCAAUGGUCUUGGACCGCGCCCACACGUCCACCGCGCGCGCCUGGGACACGUACAUCAUCGCGCAAUCCAUCUUCGCCGAGCUGCCGCGCUCCGCGCGCACCCAGAUCAUGCGCGAGUUCUUCGACCGCGGCCGCGCCGACAUGGCCUGCCACGUCUUCACCCACAUGCGCGAGCUCGACCACCCGGACACGCGCGCCACGGCCGACACGUACGUCGUCGCGCUGACGGGCAUCGCCGAGUUCGCCGCGGCCCGCGUCGCAGCCACAGACAACAUCGACGUCGACGCCGACGCAGCAGACGCCGAGGCCGAGUACGACGACGACGAGUCGCGCGCCCACGAGUGCCGCUCGCUGCUGGACGCGGUCCACAACGCCAUGAAGCUCGACCUCGACCUCGAGCCCAGCACGCGCCUCCGCAACGCCCUCAUGCUCGCCUACACGGCCGCUGGCCAGCCCGCCCGCGCCUGGAGCUUCUGGGAGGACAUCGUCAACUCGCGCGAAGGGCCUAGCUUCAACUCUAUCCCGAUCGCUUUCCGCGCUUGCGAGCGCAUGCCCGUCGACGGCGAGCGCCACGCCCGCGCGCUGUGGGCUCGCCUCCGCAAGGUUGAUGUCGAGAUUACGAAGCCUAUCCUCGCUGCCUACGUCGGCGCGCUCGCGGGAAAUCAGAAUACCGAUGCUGCGAAGGAGGUCCUGCUUAAGUGCGAGAGGGACUUUGGGUUGAGGCCGGAUACGUUUAUACUGGGAACGCUGUUCAAUGCCGCGUACGGCGUUUCGAGACAGGGAGACCUGGAGCGCUGGAUCCAGGCCAAGUUUCCAACCCAGUGGGUGGAGCUGAAGAGGUUGGGUGCCAGGAAGAUGGAUGAUGGGCCAAGGUUGUUCAAUAUCGAUCGUCGGUUGACGCCGUAA